CUACGGCGCGCCGUCGCGGCGGCGCGCCGUCGCGGCCGCGCGCCUCCGGCGCACACCCCCAGUCAAUCAGCAUCACAAACGCACCUCGCCCCGCCCCCUUCGCGCGCGCCUCGGGAAGAAGACUACAAGUCCCAGAAGCACGUGGACACAGGGAACUCUUAUCUUUGUGGAUACCUGAAGAUUAAAGGCCUUACUGAGGAGUAUCCAACUCUUACGACCUUCUUUGAAGGAGAAAUAAUCAGUAAAAAGCAUCCUUUCUUAACUCGCAAGUGGGACGCCGAUGAAGAUGUUGAUCGGAAACACUGGGGCAAGUUUCUGGCUUUUUAUCAGUAUGCAAAAUCAUUUAAUUCAGAUGACUUUGACUAUGAGGAACUGAAGAAUGGGGAUUAUGUCUUCAUGAGGUGGAAGGAGCAGUUCCUGGUCCCAGACCACACCAUCAAAGACAUCAGUGGUGCUUCCUUUGCCGGCUUCUAUUACAUCUGCUUUCAGAAGUCAGCAGCCUCCAUAGAGGGUUACUACUACCAUCGGAGUUCAGAAUGGUAUCAGUCCCUCAAUCUGACCCAUGUCCCUGAACACAGCGCACCCAUCUAUGAAUUCCGGUGACAGCGGUUCAGAGCGGCAACCAAAUAAAACUGAACUUGGCAACAAAGAGCUUUGCCAAGAAAAUUGUGUACCUGCCAGAACCAGGAGAGGUGUGUUCCUGUUUCUUCACAAGCAGACUUGCAUCAGAAAGCAUGAAUGUUAACUCACAGAAUCCAAGGAGCGUGGCUGACCGGCGGGGCAGGUGGAGGAAGCCACUUCCCUUCCUCCUCCCUCUCUGUGGCAAUUUGGUCGUCAUCUGUCUCUAAGCUACCUUAAACGCACUUUUCCUUCCUGCACAGCUAACUUCUACAUCACUGAAAUGCCCAUCCCUUCCUCGGCCCUUGCCUCCAGCCGAGUAGAAGGUCAGCUCCCCGGUCACCCUCAGCCUUGGUGCUCAGUGGUCCCCGCCCAGGCCCCUGUCCCUCCCCCAGUUGCUUGUCCGGUAGCCCAAGGAAAUGCAGAGCCCCAGCGCACUUCUGUGCCCCCAGAGCUCUGUACAAAGAGUUGGCCAGCUGUGGCAGCAUUUGCUGCCAAUGAAAUGAGACCUCAUCAGUCUUCGGUCCCAGUGCUUCGUGGGGUCAACGGGCAUUCCUGAGCCCUGUACUGUUAACAAUGCAAAGCUAGCGUGUGGCUGUCAGGUUCCCUGGGCCUGCUGUGGGGAUCACUAAAUUUAAGGCUUCCAGAUCCCUGGCAGGAACAGAUCCCAAACCUGCUUACUCAGUACGUUUGCUCCAAACUUUUGAACUUGAGGGCAAUACUAAACUUAAAAAUAAGAGUUUUUUUAUUACAAAAUUAUUUUUAUGGUCCCUUUAAUGAGGACCCAAUGGCAAAUGCACAAUUAUUCAGAAUUACAUUUUAUCGUUUUCACAUUGAAAACAGCAAAUGUUGACUUAGUAAUUUUUAUAUCUAUAUCUAUAUGUAUAUGUAUAUUUAAUCAACCAGCAGUUUUGAAACGAGUCAUCCUGGUACAAAAGUUUUGCAGUAUCGCAUAAAUUAUAGUGCUAAACACAAGAGCUGUUUUGGGGCCAGUUUAGCCUUUGUACCUCCUCCUUUUGCUACUCAAAACAACAGUGCUUCGUGUUGACCUUUCCACGAGGCCAAAGGGGUCUUUGUUCUCCAGAAACAGUGACUGAAAUGGUGGGAUGAGGGAGGGGUGGGAAACAUGAACAUGCUCAAAUAACUCGAGGCUCAUGUGCCAAAGUGUGUGUGUGCGUGCGUGUGUGUGUGUAUGUAUGUGUGUGUGUUUUGUUUGUUUUGUUUUAAUUUUUCUAAAUGUUUAAGAAGCUUAGUGUGUUGGCAUCAAUUGUAGCCCACAAAUAUGGGCAGGGCUUUGAGGAAUUGGCAUUUUUCUGGUGAUUUAUAAGACUUAGUCUGAACACAAGAGGAAAAGCUUUAAAAACAAGAUAGCAUUGGAGCUGAGGAUGUGGCUCAAUGGUAGAGCACUUGCCUAGCAUGUGCGAGGCCCUGGGUUCCAUCCCCAGUACCCCAAGGAAGAAGAAAAGCAUUGUAACCCACAGAAGCAGAGCAACCUACAGGUUGCAUGUCCAUAGGCAGCAUAAAAGAACGCACAAAGCCCUUCAGUAGGAUGAGUGGUAGGGAACGUUUUUUAUUCUUAAGAAGUGACUUUCCUUUUAAUGACUUAUGUACUGUAUGUUACUGAGACUGAAUGUUAGGGGAAGCCUUAAAGGAGCAGAUUUUGGGAAAGUAGCCAGUGGGCACUUGUGACAUGUAAAUUUGUAGUCCUAAGACCAUUCAAUAAGAUCAGGACCUGGCAAUCCUAAAAAGUUACUCUGGUAACUUUGAUGGAAAAAUCAUUCACAUCUAUUUCCAGAAAUGAGUCCAAGAUAUUUUUGGACCUUAAAACUCAAGCUAGGUGCAGUGGUGUGCACCUGUAGUCCCAGCUGCUCGGGAGGCUGAGUUAGGAAGAUCACUUGAGCCCAGGAGUUUGAGACCAGCCUGGGCAACAUAGUGAGACCCCAUCUCAAAACAAUAAAUUUAAAAAAAAAAAAAAAAACCUACCAAGACUGGCUCUGGUCACACUUGUGAAAUGCUUACUGUCGUUUCAGUUAAGCUGAGGGACGUCACAGAGUAAAGGAGGACAAAGGGGUGCACUGGCUUUCCUCAUGUGACACACCGUUCCUCUUUGCCUCAACCCUCCUCUCCCAGCAUCCUCGAGGGAGACAGACCCCACUCAACCUGGUUGGAGCUGGGGCUUGUGUAUGUGGCUCAUUUACAGGAACUGCUGGUGUCCUUUUGUAGACCAGUCAGGCCAGGUUCUGUCGUAGGGAUUCUUUUUUUUUUUUUUUUUUUUUGUUCUUAGCUAGGUAAUGAAGAACUCCAGUUGUACUGGGGGAAAUAAAGAUGUGAGACCUUUACCAGACUCUUCAGGCACGUCUUUAAGGAAGAUUUGUCCACUCAAAGUCUGCCCACUGGUCACAGGGACAGGACUAAGCAUUUUUCCACCUCCUCUUAGUAACUCCCAAAUGUUCCACAUCAACUCCUUUCUCUCUGUCCUUGAAGGACCUGUGGGGAAUCAUCUCCACCUGUAGUUAUUCUUUCCUCAACCUUCUCAGUGGUUUACAUGCCUCUGAUACUAUGUGCAAUAUUUUUGGUUGACACUUGUAAUCCAUCAUUAAAAGACUAGUGCAGAUUUCCUACCAAGGUCUUCUUCUACCCCAAAUGAACCUGCCAUGAGGUGGGGUCCUAGGGAUUUGGCCGUUCUUACCCCACUGCUCAGAAAGCUUCUACUCUGCCGUCCCCAGCCUCAGCCCUGUUAUGUCCUGACUUACCCUUCCACCCACCCAUCCUUCCAAGGUUGAUAGAGUGUUUCAGCUGCAGUCCAAAAGCAACUAGACAAUGCCUAACGUUAAGUAGAAAGUCAAUCCGUGUGCUGGUUCUGUUGGCAAUGUUGAAAUCAAACUCCAGGGGAGCAAAGGGGUUUUUCAAUGUCUUUUGCUUUCAGAAACAGGGAAUUUAUAUUCUAAGGCCUUGAAUUGAUUUUUUUUCCUCAUAAAAUAGUCUGAUAAGCUAAUUUUUAAAAAGAAAUGCCAUUAAGUAUGUUGCAUUGUGGUUUAAAAUUACUAACGAGUUCUGAGAAAGAAAAAUAUUUGAUUUUGGAUCUUAAAUGUUUUUAAAAAUUAGAUUUGAAUGGGCGCAAAGUAUGAAUAUUUUGUUUCUUUAUGGAGGACAUGUGGAAAGGGUUUAAGGAUUUGGGAUGGGAGAAGUAUUUUGCAGAGCUAUCAAUGUCCAAAUAAUUUUUAAAAAAUAAUAAAGGUAUUUAAGCAGUG